AGUCUUCCCACAAAUUCCCUCAUUCAUUUUUUUGGUAUUGCAAAUAAUUGGAGAAAUGGCAUUUAAUCUCUCCUUACUCUUAGUCUUCUCUCUCUUUGUUCCUACUUUCAUCAACGCCUCCCAUGUCCAAGAUCCCGAGCUAAUAGCACUUGAAGUACAAGAGAAAAUCAUUAAUGCCACUACAAGGAGGAAUUUGGGGUACCUCUCAUGUGGGACCGGAAACCCGAUCGACGACUGUUGGCGGUGCGACCACAAGUGGGCCCAAAACCGCCAACGACUAGCCGAUUGCUCCAUUGGGUUCGGCAAGGGUGCAAUCGGGGGUAAAAACGGAAAAAUGUACGUGGUCACGGACAAGAGAGACGACCCGUUGAACCCGAGACCGGGAACCCUAAGGUGGGGUGUGAUCCAAGACAAACCAUUGUGGAUCAUAUUUGACCGGGACAUGGUGAUCAAACUCAAGGAAGAGUUGAUGGUUAACUCUUUUAAGACAAUUGACGGUAGAGGGGCUAACGUCCACAUUGCGGGUGGGCCAUGCAUAACCAUACAAUACGUAACAAACGUUAUAAUACAUGGUUUGAACAUACAUGAUUGUAAACGUGGGGGUAACGCUAUGGUACGUGACUCCCCGUCACACUACGGGUGGCGGACGAUAUCGGACGGUGAUGGGAUCUCGAUCUUCGGCGGGAGUCAUAUUUGGGUUGACCAUUGUUCACUCUCGAGUUGCACCGAUGGUCUAAUUGACGCGAUCCAUGGGUCGACCGCUAUAACCAUUUCUAACAAUUAUAUGACCCAUCAUAACAAGGUUAUGUUGUUAGGUCAUAGUGAUUCACUCACUAGAGAUAAGAAUAUGCAAGUUACUAUUGCUUUCAACCAUUUUGGUGAAGGUUUAGUCCAGAGAAUGCCAAGGUGUAGACAUGGAUAUUUUCAUGUGGUGAAUAAUGACUAUACUCAUUGGGAAAUGUAUGCAAUUGGAGGAAGUGCAGCACCUACAAUAAAUUGCCAAGGCAACAGAUUUCUUGCUCCUAAUGACCCUGAUAACAAGGAGGUGACAAAAAGAGAGGAAUGGCCUCAAAGUGUAUGGAAGAAAUGGAAUUGGAGAUCACAAGGUGAUCUAAUGUUGAACGGAGCCUUCUUCACGGCGUCGGGAGCAGGGGCUUCAUCGAGCUACGCCAGAGCGUACAGUUUAAGCGCGAAACCUUCGUCUUUCGUAAGCUCUAUCACCAUGUCAGCUGGUGCACUUAACUGCAAGAAAGGCUCUCAUUGUUAGAUCAAGUCUUACUUACUAUUCAACUAAGCUCCCAAAAUUGUAUUUACCUAAGAGGGAAAAGGGUGAAAAUUAUUGAUAUUACCGUGUUUUCGAGUUUAGAUUUAUUAUACUAAUUAACACAACUUCAGCCUGCUUCUAAGUUCUAUAGAAAUCUUAGGAGCAAGAGCAGAUGUGUUGUUAAAUGUCCAUUCAUGAUUAUAACUAAAGAGUGCAAAUUUUCUUAAUUUCCAAAAGAGCAAA